GGCACAGAGGAGGGGCCAGAGCUCCCUGGGACUGGUUUCUGGGGGCAGGAGAGAGGGAAACGGGAGCGAGGGGGUCCUGCCUGUCUCCCAGGGUGCUGCAAGUGAGCGGUCCCAAGCUCAGUCUGUGAUUUCACCUGCUUGGAGGGUGAGAGGCCAAACCGAGGAGAAGAUGAGGGAGCUGAGCAUGGAUUCUUGGAGAAAGCUAUUUUGGGAGAAGAUCGACAAGGCCCACCUAAGAGACCAGUGGGACCUGAAGAUGCACCAGGACCUUGGUUACGACUGCUCGGCUCCUGGUUGGGUGCAGUCCGUGGAGGAGCACGCACGUGCCAGGUUCCAGUGCUCGGGGUGUGGGCACACCUGGUCGUCGGUGCAAGUGAUCAUCCUGUUCCACAUGUGCCUGGACGGGUCCAGGAGACAAGGCUCAGUGAAGAUGAGGGUCUUUGGACAGAAAUGCAACCAGUGCUCUCGGUGUGACUUCAGCGAGCCAGUAUUCAAGGUGGAGGGUGUCGACAGGGUCUUGGAGAAGCUGGUGAUGAGCAUUCGGGAGAAAUGCUAUGGCGAGUCGGUGGACCCUAGCCAGCUGUUGGAAGUGGUGACUGGUGGGCACGGCGGGCCACAUAGGAGUGACGACUGUGAGGCUUGUCACCUAGGAAUACACAGGAAGACUCAAGGACCAGUGCAACAUGGGGGGCACAAGCACCCAGUGGUUCCCUGGGUACCCCAAACGCCAGUGCCAUCCAUUCACCCAUUCAGACCCAGUGUACCCCAAAUACCAGUGCCAUCCAUUCAGCCCUCCAGACCCAGUGUACCCCAAAUACCAGUGCCAUCCAUUCACCCAUUCAGACCCAGUGUACCCCAAACGCCAGUGCCAUCCAUUCACCCAUUCAGACCCAGUGUACCCCAAAUGCCAGUGCCAUCCAUUCAGCCCUCCAGACCCAGUGCGCCCCACCGGACAAAGCUUCUGAAUCAGAGUUUUUACAAAGAUUAUGAAUCACAACGCCUCAUCCAGCCCUCCAGACCCAGCGUAGCCCGCCAGACAAGGGUGCUGGAUCAGAAUUCAGGCAAAGAUUUUGAAUCCAAAUGCCUCAUUUGCUGCUUGACAGUGGAUUCCUGCUUUUUUGCUGCUAUUUUUCUUUGUCUUCUUGUUCUCUACAUCCUUCCCAGUUGAAAGCUGCUCAGACCGUGGGUGUGGGGGAGAUACAGAGUCAUGGAGAUUUUUCCACGUGCAGCCAGUGUGGUGGUUUGCUCAGGAUGGGCGAGGUGGGGUUACUGGUUAUAGCGGCAUGUUCGGGCAACUGUGGGAGAUGCGUCCCUCCCCAAAAACCUCCAGGAACAGUUCUGCCUCUGAAGAUCCCAGCCAGAAUUGCACCCUGCUGUCCUGUUCACACAAAAGAAGGCUUCACUUGGAUAGUCAGAGGACAGAAAUGGUGGGAUAACCGAGGGCACCCCAUCAAUAGGUGCUGCUGCAAAUAGUGUGUGAACAUCCCAAGAGGCAGACACCGUGUCUUCGGCUUGCCUGUCGAAUGCACAGAGCCAACGCGAUCGAUUCCCGAACCCAGGAAUUGAAAUGAAAAUUGCUUUUAACGACUAGUUCGGCUCUCUCAGUAUGUCACCUUUGUGGUUUUUAAGUUUUUGGAUGUUAAAAGUGAACACUGGGAAAGAGGCAGGAUUUAGUCCCUGCACUAUACAAGGGAAGAUGCAAUAUCAUUGGGACUUUUGCAAAGCCCUAUCUAUACCCAGUGCAACUCAUAAUGUAUAUUGCUUUAUUGCUGUGUGUUUUAUGACUUCCGUAUUGCCUCAGUCUUUAGCUUUGCUUGUAUAAGGAAUUACUUGGCCCACGGGUCUUUAAUAAACACUCGAUAAGGCAGCCAGGGUGAUGGGA